UCGAUUGAGAAAUACUCUCCGGGUAUAUAAUCUAUUGAUAUACAUAUAUUUAGAGAGAGAAAGAGAGGGUGGAAGGUGAAGAUGGUGAUGUCGGCAGUGGUGAACACAUACCCUCUAUCGAGCUACACUUUCGGGACGAAAGAACCAAAGAUGGAGAAAGACACUUCAGUCGCGGAUCGUCUCGCUCGUAUGAAAGUCAACUAUAUGAAAGAAGGCAUGAGAACCAGCGUUGAAGCAAUCCUACUGGUACAAGAGCAUAACCACCCACAUAUUCUCCUUCUGCAAAUUGGAAACACUUUUUGCAAACUCCCUGGUGGUCGUUUGAAGCCCGGAGAAAAUGAAAUUGAAGGCUUGAAAAGGAAAUUGUCGAGCAAACUUGCUGCUAAUUCACCUUCACUACAGCCUAAUUGGCAGAUUGGUGAGUGCGUUGCUACUUGGUGGCGGCCAAAUUUUGAAACUAUUAUGUACCCAUACUGCCCUCCACACAUCACAAAAGCCAAGGAGUGUAAGAAACUAUUCCUUGUUCACUUGUCUGAAAGAGAGUACUUUGCAGUGCCAAAAAAUCUGAAACUGCUAGCUGUUCCCCUGUUUGAACUCUACGACAACGUUCAGAGAUAUGGACCUGUUAUAUCUACAAUACCACAGCAACUUUCGAGAUUUCAGUUCAACAUGAUCCCCGCAUGAAAGUCGCACAAUAGUCUGAGUUUGUCAAUCAGAUUUUUCAGUUGCUGAUCACUGAAUCAUAGGGGCGUUCAAGUUAUGAUAGAUGUGUUACCGAACUGAUGCUAACGCAUUCCUACAGUCUGCUCUGGCAUCUGUGUCUUGCCUUAAGAGUAGUUUAAUUUUCGUGCAAAAUAGGAUCUUAAUUUUAUACGUCUUGUGCUUGUGUACUUAGGUCAUGUGCUGGUUUGAGUCUUCUUGAGUUGCAGAGGUGCGCGUUAUGUUUACCGUUGAGGAUAAAUGUCAUUACACCUUUGAAUAGCUAUAUGGAGUUGUUUUAUUGUGUAUCGAUUGAUGAUGCUAUUGUUUCUCCCCGAGUUUAUUGGUUAAACAGUAUGUGGUUUGUGUUUCA